GGGAAAUCAAGUGAAAGUCCAGCUGCUUGAAGUCUGAAGUAUAUCCUGGUUUCAUGACUGCAGGCUGUGAGGUAAGAAGAAGAAGAAGGAUGUCAUCUGUGAAGAUGUCAGAAGGGAGCGUUCAGGUGAGCAGCUGCACAGCUCCGCUCUUCUUCAGACAAAGUGAACCUUCCUCAGGGAAGGCGAGGAUGUCACUUUUACUCCUGCACGGCAUCCGUUUCUCCUCAGAAAACUGGCUCAACAUCGGCACUCUGGACACUCUGGCCAGAAGCGGCUGCCGGGCUGUUGCCAUCGACCUGCCAGGACUCGGCAGGUCUAAGUCAGCUGAGGCCCCGGCUGCGGUGGGAGAACUGGCCCCUGCAGGUUUCCUGAAGGAUGUGUGUGAUCAGCUGAACCUAAGCCCGGUGGUGGUGAUCAGCCCGUCCCUCAGCGGGAUGUACUCGCUCCCCUUUCUCAUGCAGCACCAGGAUCUUAUCCGAGGUUACGUCCCCGUGGCUCCAAUCUGCACCGACAAAUUCACAGCAGAGCAGUACCAGAGUGUGAAGGUCCCAUCGCUGAUCGUUUAUGGAGACCAGGACGCUCAGCUCGGAGAACUGUCACUCCGCAACCUGAGCAGUCUGGCCAAUCACAGUGUGGUGAUGAUGAAAGGGGCGGGUCACCCCUGUUACCUGGACGACCCGGACACUUGGCACAAAGCGCUCACAGACUUUGUGAACACGCUGUGAAGAGAUUCUUACAGCAUUGUCACGAAUAAAUGACCGACAUAUUAUUCAUUCACUAGAGUUGAAGGCCACUCACGUCCUGCUGAUUUUGACUUUAUUAAGUACAAUCAGUAUAAGAUGAGCUAUUCAAGAUUUUAUAAUAAUAAGAGGAUAUGAGGCUCAGAGUUUUUAAGCGUAUCAUAUUAAAAAUGAAGGUGGGAACUUUUUGUUUGGGUCACUUUUCAGGCUCCCUGACAAAGUGGUAUCUCUUUGACUCUGAGGAUUCUGUCAGUGGUGUUAUUUAAAAGAAAAAAAAUCUCAUCCUGCUCUCUGUAAAAGUCAAAUGUAUCACCUUUUGAGAAUGUCAGUCACUUUUUCUGUCACCUACUCUUUGGCAGCUGUUUCAGGCAACAAAUGAAAACUACAUAGAUUAUUUCUAUCUUUAUUUUAAUUGUCUUUUGUAAGUCAUAAAGAGCAAAAAUAUGAAGUUAAACUCACUGGAGCUUCAAAGUAAUCAUUUAAAGUAUUUAAUCUAAAUCUAAAUCUUUUUUUUUUUUUUUUUACGUCAUUAUCUUUAACCAAAUGUGGUCCCAAUACCACAAUAAUUGAGCCCUUACGUUAAACGAUGUUGUGUAACAUAUUAUAAGUGAGUCAAUGACAUAACCAGGGAGAAACAGCAGCAUACAGUCAGUGAGGCGUUUUCAAUAACACACCAGUGGUUAGCCGUCCAUCGAGGGGAAACCGAGCUAAUGCAACUGACUGACUAUUCAACUCUUUAAAGUGAUGUCAUCAAGUUACAAAGAUUUUUUCUGAGCUCUUCCAAAUGUGUCAAACACAUUGUGGAGUUGUUUCUGGCUCAAAUCAAGAUGAGGUUCAUAAAGAUUACUAUGUCAAUGCUAUAACUCCUUAUCAGCCUGACUGUUGAUCAAUGAUCUUUGAGAUUGUAACGUCAAAGUUAUUCUCCUUGGAGAUUUUCAGUUUGAGUCCUUCUCUUGCUGAAUUAGGUGACACAAUGAAAAGCCGCUACGUUCAGGGUUCUUCGGGAUUAUGAACCGGGUGUGGAUUGGACAUUUGUAUACUCUGUUGUAUACUCUAUCACAAGUGACGUCCAUCACCCAGCUUUGAUUGGUCUGCCAGUGAGAGGAGUGUGCCCCAAAGAGAACAAAAACUGACCUCUGAUAGCGUAACUGUAACAAAGGGCUAAUCUCCAUCUGAAAAAACAAAACACCACACGGAAAUGAAGUGAAAAAUAUGAACAUUAUUUAAUAACUGAUUCUCUGUAAUAAACAAUUUGAAAAUAUUUUACAAGGAGUCACAGACACAAUAUUUUACAAAUUAUGCCCUCUUCUUUUUUUUUUUUUUUUUUAGCUUCAUCUGUACAAAAGAAUGGAGCGACAUGGACCAGUGCCCACAAAAAAGAAGGAGCUAAAUCUUCCACGCACACCAACAUUCACACUCACACG